AUGCGUUGGAUCUGGCUACUAUGGAUUGUGGCUGCUUAUGCUGAUACUGAGGCUCCACCUCAAGGAACAUCAGAGUCUCUAGAUCAAUCGGCUUCUGUUGAAGAGCCUUCUGGACUUAAUGAGUCACUAGCUAUUGAUAUUGAGGAUUCCGCUCACGGGAACUACUCCGACGAUUGUCAUUUCCUUUCGUUUGAAGAAUGGAAGAAACAGAAAGAACUAGAGGCCCAAGAGGAACCGCCAAAAGUGUCGUCUACACAAAGCAUGGGCAAUGCUUUAGAAACCAUAAAGGAGGAUAUUGUGUCGCUGCUGCUUCUUGAUGUGGAUGUCGAGGACCAGGGCAAAACGUACAAAGACAAGUUCAACUACGCUUCAGGAGAUUGUGCUGCUACUGUGAUGAAAACAAAUAGCGAUGCCAAAGGAGCACUGGCAAUAUUGAGCGAAGUGAAGGAUCUGUACCUUUUGAAUAAGUGUGCUACUCCCAACAAGUUUGUGGUUAUUGAGCUCUGUCAGGAUAUCUUAGUGAGCUCGAUUGUCAUGGCUAAUUUCGAGCUUUUCAGCUCCAUGUUCAAAAGGGUCCGUUUUUCUGUCUCGGAUCAAUUCCCUUCCUCGAGCUGGCAGGUGCUUGGCGAGAUUGAAGCUCAGAAUAUCAGAGAUACUCAAGUGUUCGAUAUAGAGAACCCGCUCAUUUGGGCUCGGUACUUGAAGAUCGAUAUUUUGAGUCAUUAUGGAGAUGAGUUCUACUGCCCUAUAUCGGUGGUCAGGGUGCAUGGAACCACAAUGAUGGAGGAGGUCAAAAAGGAUAGCCCAAAGCUGGAGCCGGUCUCCGAGCCUGCAGCGUCCUCAGUUAACGUCUUGUUUGAAUAUACCGAUGAUGAUGAGGGAUGCAAAGCGCUUUCGCCUUAUCUUGCACUCAACGAGUUCUUGAAAGAUAUCAAUAAUGGCACUGGCGAGUAUUGCAAUAUCCCUGCUAAUACCUCCUCCAUUGCAGAGUCCACGUCAACGGCCAAAACGACACAGGAGUCCAUUUUUAAGAACAUCGUCAAGCGACUCUCUCUUCUAGAAUCAAACGCCAGUCUCUCGCUUCUAUAUGUCGAGGAACAGAGCAAGCUAUUAUCAGAUGCCUUCACAAACCUAGAGAAACGUCAUGCUCUCAAGCUCAAUAACUUGCUUCUGAAAUUCAACCAUACUGUGAACGCACAAGUUCAACACCUUCAGAGCUCCUUUGAGCUCACGCAUCAACAAUCGAAUAGUCUUCUAGAGAGACAGGAGCAGGCUCUUCGCAAUGUCCUUGGUGAUCUAGUUCGCAGAAACAAGGCAUUGGUCUCAGAUCUAGGGUUUCAACGGAAAAUCAUCAUCGUUGACACAUUGCUCAUCUUGGUCCUUCUCGUCUACGUCAUCAUAAUACGAGAGUUUGACUUGGGAGAUGAAGCUCCUAGACGUCCAAAGCGCAGACCAAAAAGAAAGUUUACAGUGGCUUCUAAAAAGGCCCUUACCAGAUAA